AUGAAGUCCCUCCGAGUCACCGGUCCAGGCGAGAUAUCCUGGGUAGACAUCCCACAACCGAAGGCCGGCCCAAACGACGUCCUGCUCAAAAUGAAAGCAUGCGGCAUCUGCGGCUCAGAUUCUCUCUACGAGGAAAUGGGCGGCGUUCCACCGCGGCGAAAUUGUCAUCCCCUCGGUCACGAGCCGGCAGCCGAGGUCGUCGCGGUGGGGAAGGACAUCGCCGGAAGAGACGUCGACGUCGGCGACCACGUGGUCAUAGACACGUUUGCCUUCGCGGACGGCAUGUUCGGCUCCGGCGGUGCGCAGGGCGGAUUCAGCGAAUACGUCGUCGUCCGAGACUACGAGCCGCGGAAGCAGCUCAGGAAGAUCCCCAGCCACGUCCCCUGGCACGUCGCGGCGCUGAACGAGCCCAUGGCGGUGGCGCUCCACGCGGUCAACCGCACGGAUCCGAAGCCGGGGUCCAAGGUCGUAAUUUUCGGCGCCGGUCCGAUCGGUUUAGGCUGCAUCAUGGCGUAUCGUAGGCGCGACGUGGGCCACAUUGUCGUGGUGGACGUUGUCGACGCCAAGUUGGAGACGGCGAUGAAGCUCGGCGCCGACGCGGCGGUGAACUCGCUGAAUGUUGAGGAUCUGGCGGCGAAGCUGAUUGAGCUGCAAGGCGAAGCGACCACUUUCUGGAAUCUCGGGAAACGGCCGGCUACUGAUAUUUUCAUGGACGCUGCCGGCGCGCCGCCGAUACCAAAUCAGAUUCUGGGCAUGGCCAAACGAGCCGCUACUUUUGGAAUUGUCGGUGUUCAGAAGAAGCCGACAGAGUUGCAUCUUGGACAGAUCAUCAUCGCGGAGCCGAAUAUCGUCUUCUGCAUGGGAUAUCCAACGGAGAUUUUCGAGGUUACAGACGACUUGGCGGAGAACUGGGAGAAGUAUGCCGAGAUUGUGAGCGAUCAGAUACCGUUCAGCCAAGCAAAAGAGGCACUGGAGCUGGCCAAGUCCGGAAAGGCGAACAAGAAGUCUUUGCUUAACAUGAGGACCUUCAGCCCUUUCAGUGUCCUGCUUUUGGCAGCUGGGGCUGUGUUAGCCACGAAUCAGACCACCAAGAUAGAUACGCAUGCCCACUAUGUCCCGGAUUUCUACGCCCAGGCACUCAGAGACGCUGGACACGUGCCCGGCCCGGAUGGCAUGCCAGGAAUUCCGGACUGGGAUCCCGAGACGCAUCUUCAGUUCAUGCAACGCGCGAACAUAGCAAAGUCGUAUCUUUCGAUCUCCAGCCCGGGAGUAUACCUCUCCGUGCCGUCAAAAGUCGCGACUGAAAACGCGACCAAGUUGGCUCGCCGAGUCAAUGAGUACGCUUCGCAACUGAAAGCGAAAUAUCCCAAGAAAUUCGGCUUCUUCGCGUCUCUUCCACUCCCGGAUGUGCAAGGUUCCUUGAAGGAGAUUGAGUAUGCUUUCACCAAGCUCGAUCCCAAACCCGAUGGGAUUGUCCUGAUGUCGAAUUUCUACGGGAUGUAUCUCGGCGACCCCGACCUCGAUCCGGUCUACAAAGCGCUCAAUGCACUGAAUGUCACCAUCUUCGAGCACCCGACAACGCCGUGUACUGAGGCGAACCAUCUCAAGUACCACAUAAACGGAACCGACUCCAAGGUCACGCCGAAAGAAUGGCAGGCUCUCAACAGACCUGCAUCCGGAAGACUUCAACGAGCACCCAAUUUGGACUUUCCCUUCGACACAGCGCGUACCUUCCAAGACCUGUUCUAUUCCCGGGUGCCGACCCGGUUCCCGAACAUCAAAUGGAUAAUACCUCAUGCUGGAGGCGGUCUCAUACCUACAAUCGAUCGACUCAUCAACUACAGCCCCCCCGAAGACAACGUCACGGAGGCGGGAGUGAAGGAGACUCUGGCUCGCAGCUUUUACUUUGAUCUGACGGGGCCGUGGCCGGUCACUUGGGCGAUCCCGGCACUCAUGCGAUGGGUGAGCUAUGAGAAGUUAGUCUGGGGGUCGGAUACGCCUUUCACGCCUUGGGCCACUGCACUGGCUGGAGCUGCCCAGUUCGACAAGCAGAUUGAUGAGGUCUUUAAUGACCCGAAGAAGGCAAAGGCUGUCAGGAGAGGUAAUGCGAAGAAGAUAUUUGGGUAA